AUGGCCUCGGACAGCAAAGUCCCCACCACCGCCGUCCCCGGCACGCCCCUCGGCCUCGCAAUCCACUACCACGCAGGCCACGGCACACACAUCCACGAAGGCCAAAUCGUGUCCUCGCUCCUCGGUCGCGUGACGGUGACGCAAGCGCCCAGCAAAGGCCCGGCGCCCCUCAAGCGGCUAACCAAGAUAACGUCGCGGACGGCGGAGGAGCUGCCGACGAUUUCGGUGGCGCGGCACGAGAGGCGGCGCGAGGUGCUGCCGGACGUGGGGAACGUGGUGCUCUGCCGCGUGGUGAGGCUGGUGCCCAAGCAGGCGAUCGUGUCGAUUCAGCAGGUUGGGAGCACGGUGUUGGAUACGGAGUGGCAGGGGGUUAUUCGGGCGCAGGACGUUAGGGCUACGGAGAAGGAUAAGGUUAAGAUUUAUGAGUCGUUUAAGCCUGGUGAUGCGGUUAGGGCGCAGGUGAUAUCGCUUGGUGACCAAGCAAACUACUACCUAUCAACGGCAUCCAACGAGCUAGGUGUCAUCAUGGCCACGAGCGAAGCCGGCAACGACAUGGUGCCUGUGAGUUGGAAGGAGUUUAAGGAUCCCGUUACCGGCGUCAGCGAGUUGAGGAAGGUUGCGAAGCCGGACUAG